UGUACACACAUGUCCAUCUAGACAAAAAUAUAAUAACGUACACUUAUGUACAUAUAUAGUGGUCUGCAUAUGUAAAUAUUGAUUUAUUAUGUAUAAAUGUAGAUCACUAUAAAACCCUAAUAACCUCUGUAACAAUGAUAACUGAUUCGUGAAAAUGAAUUUAAAGCAUGUUUUAUUAUUUUGGAUGUUGACUAUGUUAAGUUAUGCCAACAUCAUUUGUUCGGAAAAGUUUAAUGCUUUCAAUGAAUCUGCAACUUCAAGCAUAAGUCAUAAAAGAACCAGUAAAUUUCUAUUUGAUACUAUUUUUCGAAUAAGUUCUGGUGUAUCAAACGCUUUUGGACUUGACACGGAAGAUGAUGUUGAGUAUACUGAAAAUUCAAGCCUUAAAAAUUGCGACUGUGAUUGUGGCUUUUCAAAUGAAGAAAUAAGAAUUGUUGGCGGAAAACCAACAGGUGUAAACCAAUAUCCAUGGAUGGCACGAAUUAUUUACGAUGGAAAAUUUCAUUGCGGUGGAUCGUUGUUGACUAAGGAUUACGUUUUAUCUGCAGCUCAUUGCGUUAAAAAAUUGAGAAGAUCAAAAAUAAGAAUAAUAUUUGGAGAUCACGAUCAGGAAAUUACGUCUGAGUCUCAGGCUAUUCAACGUGCCGUAACGGCGGUAAUAAAACAUAAGAGUUUUGAUCCUGAUACGUACAAUAAUGAUGUUGCACUCUUAAGAUUGAGGAAACCAAUUGCCUUUUCAAAAAUUAUUAAGCCAGUUUGUCUUCCUCGAUACAAUUACGAUCCUGCAGGUCGAAUUGGUACUGUUGUUGGUUGGGGACGAACUUCUGAAGGAGGAGCAUUGCCUUCCAUUGUUAAUCAAGUAAAAGUUCCGAUUAUGUCUGUUACAGAAUGCAGAAAUCAAAAAUAUAAAAGUACCCGAAUCACCUCAACAAUGUUGUGCGCCGGAAGACCAAGCAUGGACUCCUGUCAAGGGGAUAGUGGUGGACCACUUCUGUUGUCUAAUGGAGUUAAGUAUUUUAUUGUCGGAAUUGUUUCCUGGGGUGUCGGAUGUGGUCGCGAGGGAUAUCCAGGUGUUUAUACACGAGUCAGCAAAUUUAUUCCAUGGAUUAAAUCUAACUUAGAAAAUACGUGUUUGUGUUCAUAGUUGUGUAUAACAAUGUUGUAUAAAAAUAAAAAUAUUUUGAUAA